AUGAGCAGAAUCUCAGCGGUAGAGAUAUCCAAAACAUGGGAAGUGUGGAAGCGACAAAUAUCUAAGACGUUUGCACUGCCUUACCGUAAAAUCAAAAUUAUAGAUUGCAUACUCUUUAGAGGGGCAAAACCUGGCGGACUGUGUCGAGAAUUAGAGGUUCCUUUGUCCGCGACGGCGGAGAAUUCUCUCUCGAAAGCAAUACCAACAAGCCUCCGUCUUUAUGAACGGUUACCGGACAAUAUUGGAGGAAGCAGAGCGCGUCGCAUCAAUUGUGUAGCUAUUCUCUCAUCCAGAAUGAGAUGGUUUCUCUGUACAUUCGUCAAAGAGAUCGACAGCUUACCAUCAGCGGUCUCACAGAAGGUGUCAUACCACACCUAG